GCGACUCCCGUGACCCACGCACGUUCCGGGAACAUCGGGGCCCGUGAAUUUCGCGCCCGAAUUUCGCAACUUUUCGGAACAUUCGUUGACAUUUUUUUGAUUUAGUGAUGCGCUGUUUUGUUGUGUUGUUCGUUUUAUUUUUUGUUUUCCUACCGAAGCCGACGGAGGCGAUUCGAUGGCUAUCCCUGCACGAGAGCGUAGGAAACUGGACAGAAAGCGAUUGCUGGGAGGCGAAACAAAAUGGCAGCCUCUGGGGUGAGCAGGUGCGAGUCUGUAGACGUCAGCCAACAGCGAUGCCUCACGUUGCGGCCGCAGCACGGCUGGUUCGCUCAGCCUGCCUUUCUGCCCACUCGGGCGAACGCUGGAACUGCUCAACUAUCGAACUAGCGCCGAAGUAUACGCCGGAUUUGCUCACAGGUACACGCGAGCAAGCGUACGUAUACGCAAUGUCAGCGGCCGCAUUGUCGUGGAGCGUGGCACGUGCUUGCGCGUCGGGCUCGCUCGCUGCUUGCUCCUGUGCUGCCCCACCACGUGCUCCCCCACGGCCACCACGACAGGCAACCUCAGAACCCCACGCGAGGUUUAAGUGGGGUGGUUGUGGGGAUAACUUUCAUUGGGCAGAAAGAUUCGCCAGACAGUUCCUAGAUGCACACGAAAUAGAUAUACGAGAUGGAAACUAUGAGGAAUAUGAAGAACCAACCACGACUGAAUUAACAACACUGGAACCCACAACUGUCCCACCAAUUGUCAUACUGGUUGAUGAUCAACCUGCACCGCCAAACUUCACGACUAUGACCCCAAAAAGGAAAGGUCGACGGGGACGAAAGCGUCUCCCGAGGUCACCCCGGAGGGGCAGGCCAACUCGGAAACGAUUCAGAGAAAGAUAUGAAUAUGACGAUAGAGGCUUCAGACAUCGCAAUAUAGAAUAUCGUAUGGCUGCAGACGACCCUCGCUUCGACCCUCAAGUGGAUUUGCAAACUCGGCUCGAACGUUUACGACCGCUUAUAGCUUCUGCAAAUUUGAUGAACGUACGCUUUGGCAGGAAAACAGUAUCAAAUAGUAUGCGCACGAAAUGCACCUGUCAUGGCGUCUCAGGGUCGUGUUCGGUGCGAACAUGUUGGCGAUCCUUAGCACCAUUACAAAGGACAGCCUCUGAAUUGGCAAGGGAGGCUGCGCGGGCUGGGCCUCUGAGGGCCACAAGACGCGCUGCUAGGGCGAAGCCCCGGCUGCGAUAUGUCACACCAAGUCCAGACUAUUGCGAACCUGAUACCGCUGCUGGAUCCUUGGGAACCCAUGGCAGGCAAUGCAAUAUCAGCCUCGGCACCGGACCUGGUGGCUGUGGAAGGUUGUGUUGUGGUCGUGGAAGAAAGGCGCUCCGUCACAGUCGACUUGAACGCUGUCAUUGUCGUUACCAUUGGUGCUGUCGAGUUGACUGCCAACUAUGUCGUGUCACCAGCGAAGAGCAUUAUUGUAACUAAAACAUUCCAAUCAAAAUACAGCGAGGAAAUACGAUUUUACUUUUAUUAUAAAAGGCAGACAACAUUAAACAUGUCUCCAUUAGCGUCAAUCACACAAAUACAGGUUUUACAAGUAGCGGCACGAAACUCUAGCGCUGACCAUUAUUGCGCAGAAGUUAAAAAUAAGGUACCUGAGGGGGGCUAGCGGAAUGAAGAGCGUCGAUUGGCUCUCCAGUCGCCUUCUGGCCCCCGCCCCACAGUACACAUGCGCAGCAAUCCCCUCCACGUAUCGGCCAGCGCUAGACUUACGUGCCUAUAAUAGUAGCUUCUUUAAUACUGGUAGGUGCUCUUAAUAAGUGGUACAUUCAGACUUAGUAAUCCCGUAUCAUUCAUUUAAAAAUAGGCUUGCAGAUGUCAUGUUAGUAAUCAAGAUGUUUAUUUAUUUAUAUAUACAUUCUAAAACAAUGUGUAUGCCUAAAAAGUACAAGAAAAUGUGACAACACAAAUUUAACACACUUACACAUCAAUUACAUUAGAACAUAAGCAAUAUAUCAAAGGAA